UGUUGUUGCGGGUAGUUUGCGAUGGAUUUGAUUUAAAUACACGGUACACGGAUACACUAAUCAGGCUUAUUAUUUGAGUGAUGGCGAGGUGAUCGGCCGCUGCCUCCACCCGCAAGUAACAGUCAUAAAGAUAAGUUAACAGUACGUAUAGAGUUCGGUAUGAUCAAAGUUUCUUGUUUUUCUUGGUUGAUCAGUCACCAGAAUCCGAUGCGUAACGAGGCUUGUUGCUAGUACAACACUGUCAACCUGGGUUGCGGUAAGAGCUCCCCGUUGCUGAUCAAUUCAGCGAACCCAGCGAGCCACAAGUCAGCUGAAGACUACUCGAAACUUAUUCGAGAUAAUCAAGACGAAACCCAAAAUAAUCAUGUGGAAUAUAGAAGCGAAUCUUUAGAAAUGCUUGGAUCAGGCAUAAACAAGAAAUCAGUUGGCCCGGUUGCUGGUCAGCGGCCUAAAGUCGCCUUGCAACCGGGCAGGAGUUUAAUGGACUGGAUAAGACUUGGUGCCAGUGGUCAGGACUUACAAGGCUUCUCUGGGGUUAUCAAGGAAGUUACAAUGGAAGAAUUGAAGAAGCAUAACAAAGUUGAUGACUGCUGGAUGUUAUUAAGAGGAAAAGUAUACAAUGUGACAGCGUACAUGGAGUUUCAUCCUGGAGGUAUUCCAGAGCUGAUGCGAGCUGCAGGGCAAGAUGGCACUGAAUUCUUUGAUGAAGUCCAUAAAUGGGUGAACAUUGAGUCAAUGCUUAGCAAAUGCUUCAUUGGUCCCAUAGAAGACAACGCUGCUUCAAAAAAAAAAGACUAUGAACUUUCGGUCAAGAAACUGUUGAAACCUGCUUCUGACAUUUUGCUUCAAGAUGCCACUGAAAAAAGUGAUAACAACAAAAGAAAUAUACCAAGGUAUGAAUGGUACCAAGAUGAAAAUACUAUAACGUUGGUUAUUUAUACCAAAUCAAAGGACAUAACAGAAAAGGACCUGGUUAUUGAUUGUUCCGACGGUAAAAAUCUGGACUGCAAAAUCCUUUUUGUUGAAAAGUUUUAUCACAUUCAUAUCGCGUUGGAAAAUGCAAUCAGUGAUAUAAAAGUAAAAGCACCCACAAAUUCAAGUGGAAAAUUGGAAGUUAUUCUAAGCAAAUCUCAGACUGGUUUGAAAUGGAAUUCACUUGGACAGAAGCUGAAUGGUAAUGGACAGCUGUGUGAUGACAAAGAUCGAAAUUUAAUCAAGCGUCCAUGUACCGUUGCUGCCAUCUCCCAAGUGACGUCAAACACAAAAUUGUUUUCUAUACAGCUUCCUGAUCGAGUCUAUUACCACGCACCAAUUGGGCAUCACGUGAUUUUGGAAGCUGACGUGGAAGGUUUGCUGGUUGGUAAGAAUUACACAGUAGCCCUCGAAACACUCAAGGAAGAAAUCUCUCGUUGCGAAGAAGACACACAUGCCUAUCUGCAUUUAAUGAUAAAAAAUUAUGAAGAUGGUGCCUUAACUCCUGUCUUAGACAAGCUAUUAACUGGCGAUACGGUGUCAGUAAGCGAUCCUAUUGGUACCUUCACGCUCUCAAGAUUAAAAAUGGCAAAGCAAAUUUUUAUGAUUGCUGCUGGUACAGGACUCACACCUAUGAUCAGAAUUAUAGAUUUUAUUAUACACGACAAAAGUGUAGACAGAAAUGGAUAUUUAUUAUUUGCAAAUCGUCACGAGUCAGACAUUUUAUGGCGGAAUGAGUUGGAGUGGGUGGCUUCGAAUCACAAUGAUAGAUUUCACGUAAAAUACAUACUUAGUAGGCCAUCAAAUGAAUGGGCUGGUCUUAGAGGUAGAAUAGCAAAGGAUGUAUUAAUGGAUUUUCUUGGCAAUAUCCAGAAGUCCGAUGUGGAAGAAGACCUCCUUGUUUGUAUUUGUGGUUCAGAUGAUUUCACGAUGUUGAUGAAAAGUCACCUUCUUGAACUGAAAUACACAGAGACAAUGAUCCAUAGCUUCCUUGGUUAGAUUUCAAACGUUCCAAGGAUCAUGACGAAAGAUGUAGAAGUAUUUCUGGUUAUCGCAAACUUCCUUGCUGUGUAUUCGCUGUGACUGUCAAAGGGGAACUGGGCAGUGAUCUCCUGGCUGUCUGAUAAUCGAGAGCAUCUUCUUAAUUUCUCUUUGUUUCUCAGCUCCUAAGAGCUUACUACAAUCUUCUUUUUGCAGUACAUACGCUCAUUUUUUACAAGAAACAAUAGCUGACAUUAAAAGCUCCAGUUUCUCAAUGCUUACGCAAUUUUCAGCACUCAUUGUUUCUUAAUUCUAAUGUCUUUGUUUUUAUUAUUCGGAGUUUUAUAUUUUACUUGGGUGUUUUAUUUCACUACAGGUAACAAGAUAUUUUUCUAGUUAGUUGUAAAAAGUACAUACUGAUACUUAAGAAGAAUUUGUUUAUGAGAAAUGUUUUGUGGCAACCAGACAUUAUAUUGAUUGGAAAUCACAAAAUAUUAAAUUUUUUUUUAAAUUCAAUUUUUUUUAUAUUUUUUCUUUGAGUACUGCAUGAGUACUGAGUACUGCUAAGUUACUUGCAUUUUUACAAAUGCUCUUUACUCGAUUCUUAUAGCCAGUUUCUUAAAUAAAAAUGAGCGUAUUGUUAAUCAUGGACAAAUUAUGCUUGACUUCUAGAAGGUUUAAGAAAUUUUUGGUUGUAUUGGGAAGAUUGUCUUCACAGUCUAUCAUUUUUAACCUUAUUUAAACGCAUAAUUAUUACCCUCUCGUUUUACAGAAUUCUUGAUUGUUUUGACGACAUCCCCCACCCCUCCAUUUAAGAGGAAGCUCAUUAGUCUAGAACAGCAUUCUACGAACACAAUUCAUUGAGUUUGUUUAAGUUUUAUCAGAUUUACUUACUUGUUUGGAGGUAACAAGUGUAAUAUAUCAUAUAUGUACCCUUGUAAAUUGCAAACAACACAUCCGCUUUUUUUACGGAUCCCAGUUGAAUUGAUCUCUCGUUGUGUACUGAGAAUGAGUAAACUAUGCUGUGAGCCACAAGUUCACGCAUGUUUAUCUCAUGAAUGAUAUCUAUGGUUGAAAUGUCUCUCAUGCAGGGGCGGAUCCAGAGCAAACUUGAAGGAGGGGCAGUUGGUAGUGGGGGCGCUGAAAAAUUUGAGAGAACGCUGUAUACAAUAAUUUCAGAUCCAUUUUCGGAAUAAGCAACAUAACUUUUAAGUAAUCUUUGAAGCAAAUUAACCUAUCUAUCUCAGAAACUUUUUCACCUGAUUCUCAUUCUUCAAAAGGGGCGCACAAUUUCCAAAAAAGGGGCGCCAUACUUGCUUCAAUUCGUCGAGGGAGGGGCAACUGCCCUAGUUGCCCCCCCUCCUUAAAUCCGCCACUGCUCUAAUGAAGGCUUAAAGCUGAAGCAAAGAAAACAACUGCCUUGUCUAUAGUGAAAAAGGGUUGGCUUGAAAAAUCCUUCGCUCUUAAUAUUGAGUUGGUUGGCAUAAUGGAAUGAACGUUGAUUUUUGAUACAGCGAACUGGAGUUUGAUUACGACCAAAAGCAGUAUGAUACCUUGUGACAGCACAUUGCGGAAAAAUUUGCCUGUCAGCAUUUUCCUUUUUAUAAGAUAUCUAUGGUUAAAAUGAUUCUGAAGUGCAGCUAAAGUGGCUCUUCAUAGCAAGAACAUUUCCUACAGUAUUUUUUGAUGAGGAAGAACUGUAGCAAAUAUUUGAACUUUCUUCUUAAAAAUGACGUAAGAAAUAAUUUAAGCUCAGAAUCAUAAAUAUUUAAGAAUAUUAAGGCUCAGCAAAAAGUAAGGUACUGUUGAAAAAAGUGCGCGUAUUCUCCAUACAAAGGCUUUCUUACCGGUUUUCUUCGAUUUGAUUACAUUAUUCGACCACUCUCGUUUGUAGAAAUGCGUGUCUACAUUAUGUCCAUAUAGAUUGCAGUUGCAUGGACAAUCGUUGAAACUGCUAGGAGCACUUUUUAUUCGUUUUCUUUUAUAUUUUGUUGAUUAAGUACUGAAAGUUUCUUGAAAGUUUUAUUGUAUACAAUGUGCUCAUUUUUAGAUGAUAAAGAUAGCACAAAAUUUUAUCUUAUUUAUCUUUCAAUUGAUGAAAAUAAGUCACCAAAAAUACACAGAACCAUUAAAAAUCAUGUCAAAUCCGUGAUAGCGGCGAGGUUAUACUACAAAUUUACUCAAAAGUUAAAAAUCAGGCUAAAAGAGUCGAUAUAAUUAUGGAAAGAAAAUCUAAGAAAUAUUGAGUUGUCAAGAGACUUCUGCUAAUCAAGAAACUUUAUUGAAUUCCGCUAAUGACAUUACUCCGUCAGACCCAAAACACUGCUCAUCUGUUUCUUUUCAGUAACUUUUCUUUAUGUUUAAAUUAGGAAGGUUGAGCCGUUAAAUGGAACUUUUGUUUCAAUCUAUAUCUUUCCGGAAUUAAAUGGGAUUUUCUUAAAGUAAAUGCUUGUAUUUUAAUACUAACAUGAAUUAAUCUUUUCUGUAGCUUGUUUACCAAACUUCAGACCCCUUCGAAGUAAGCUGCUUGCGUGAGGUACUCGUUGAAAGCCCUGUUAAAAUUUUAAUGAAAGCGGUUCGAAUCGAUUGAAUUUUUUGAAAUGACAAUGUGCUCCCCCCCUUAUAUCUUGGAGAGUGCCCUUCGAUAGUCUAAAGAACGCCCGAUACCAACUACAAAACACUUCCCAGUGUAAAAAGUUUGGUUUCUUGGCAACCGAUUUUACAGGUAGCGUGCAAUGACUUGUUUUGAUGAACUUGAAAUUUAACCGUGCAAGCUCAGACUUGUAUGUUAGAGUUUGACAGAAUCCACCGCUUUUGUUCAUACAUUAUGUCCAAAAUUUGACGUUAAAAGAAUAGUCUUAA